AUGGCGGGUCUGCUCCGUAGCCAAGAAUGGGUCGCGGUGAGUAGGACCGAGGUGGCAAGGGCUGCUCCGUCUCCUAGGGCCGAGGGCUCCGAGGCAGCGCUGGCUGCUGCCCUGGCGGACGUGCCUGAACUGGCCCGGCUGCUGGAGAUAGACCCGUACCUCAAGCCUUUCGCCCCGGACUUCCAGCGCAGGUAUAAGCACUUUAGCCAGAUUCUGAGCACCAUUGGGGAGAAUGAAGGUGGCAUUGAUAAGUUUUCCAGAGGCUAUGAAUCAUUCGGCGUGCACAGAUGUGCUGAUGGUGGUGUAUACUGCAAAGAGUGGGCCCCAGGAGCAGAAGGAGUAUUUCUUACUGGAGAUUUCAAUGGUUGGAAUCCCUUUUCAUACCCAUAUAAAAAACUGGAUUAUGGAAAAUGGGAGCUAUAUAUCCCACCAAAGCAGAAUAAAUCUGUAGUGGUGCCCCAUGGAUCCAAAUUAAAGGUAGUUAUUACUAGUAAAAGUGGAGAGAUCUUAUAUCGUAUUUCACCGUGGGCGAAGUAUGUGACUCGAGAAGGUGACAAUGUGAAUUAUGAUUGGAUACAAUGGGAUCCAGAACACUUAUAUAAAUUUAAGCAUUCCAGACCAAAGAAACCAAAAAGUCUAAGAAUCUAUGAAUCUCAUGUGGGAAUUUCCUCCCAUGAAGGAAAAGUAGCUUCUUAUAAACAUUUUACAUGCAAUGUACUACCAAGAAUCAAAGACCUUGGAUACAACUGCAUUCAGUUGAUGGCAAUCAUGGAACAUGCUUACUACGCCAGUUUUGGUUACCAAGUCACAAGCUUCUUUGCAGCUUCAAGCCGUUAUGGAACACCUGAAGAGCUAAAAGAACUUGUUGACACAGCUCAUUCAAUGGGUAUUGUAGUCCUCUUAGAUGUGGUUCAUAGCCAUGCUUCAAAAAAUUCAGAAGAUGGACUGAAUAUGUUUGAUGGGACCGAUUCCUGUUAUUUUCAUUCUGGACCUAGAGGGACACAUGAUCUUUGGGAUAGUAGAUUGUUUGCCUACUCCAAGUAAGUGCAUAUAAUAUGAAAAUGUUGUCUUUGUUUAAAAUAAGUUUCAAGGAAUUUCACCGAAUUCAAUGUAUGUGUGCUUUCUCUCUGCUA